CCUAUGUUAACUUUUCCUUAACAGCAUGACUCGACAACUUUAUCGUCAUGGGAUUUAUGGCGAAGUGUCUUAUAUUUAAUAGUAAAUGUGAAAAUACAAAUCAAGUGUAAGAAUGGCAAAAAAGAAGAGUAGCAGUUAUGAGCCGGAUCAUUUCAUUUCCUCAACUUCAUUAUUCUGUAAGAUGUUUUUUGGCUUCCUGGGUUUAGCAAUGCUUGCUACUGCUGCUAUACUUGUGGGAUAUUACUUUGGAUUUCUUGAUGCUGUGAAAAAAGUGGAUAUAAAUGACCCAGAUGUGGCUCCUGAACCAAUUCCAGGGGAAUAUUUAAUUGGUGUUGGACGUUAUGAUGUAACAGGACCCGUUGCACAAGUUAACAUGAUGGGGUAUGCUAACCCUUCGCAAACAGCUAGUGGGCUUCAUCAGCGUUUAUAUUCUCGGACAUUCAUUGUUUGCAACAAUGGAAAUACAUCGUGUGUGGUGUUUGCCACCGUAGACAGUGGCAUGGCUUCUCAAGUUGUCAAACUUGAAGUCAUUAAGCGACUGAAAGCAAAAUAUGGACCCACGCGAUACACUGAGCGCAACGUGGUUAUAUCUGGCACCCAUUCCCAUUCUGGCCCAGCUGGUUUUUUCCAGACCAUGCUGGUUGAGGUGACUUCACUGGGGGCCAUCAAGCAAUCUACGGAUUCAUUUAUCGAUGGAAUUGUUAAAAGCAUAGAGCAAGCUCACGCUAACUUGAGACUUGGGAACAUGCACAUCGGUACUGAUGAAGUGGUGGAAGGGAAUAUUAAUCGGAGUCCGAGUGCUUACCUUAAGAAUCCAUUGAAAGAAAGAGAAAGAUACCGCUACAACACAGAACACAACAUGACAAUGCUUAAGUUUCAAGCUACUAAUGGUGACCCAAUUGGUAUGUUCACAUGGUACCCCGUACACUGCACCAGCAUGAACUUUAGCAAUGAGUUGAUCAGCUCUGAUAACAAGGGAAGAGCUUCUGCUCUUUUUGAGAAAAUGAUGAGAAAAUCUGGAGAGAAUAAAGCUGGAAAAGAAUCUUUUGUUGGAGCAUUCGCGUCUGCAAACUUGGGAGAUGUUUCCCCUCGAACCAAAGGACCAAUCUGUGUUGACACAGGCAAAUCUUGUAACUUUGAAAAAUCGACUUGUAACAUUCCACCCCGGGUGAAAAAUUGUGUUGCUUUUGGACCCGGCGUCGAUAUGUUUGAUUCAACUGACAUUAUCGCUAAACGCCAACUUGAAACUGCAAAGAUUCUCUUUCAUAACAAAACAAAGGAACUGUUACAAGGACCUGUGAGUUGGGUGCAUCAGUACGUAGAUAUGACCAAACAACCUGUACAACUAAAUGAUGGUACAAAUGUUACUACAUGCAAACCAGGGAUGGGAUAUAGUUUUGCUGCGGGUACAACAGACGGAGCUGGUGCUUUCAACUUUGUGCAGAGCAUGACCGAAGGCACGUUGCUGUGGGAUACUGUGCGUGAUGACAUCAUUGUAAAAGUUGUGUGUUCUGAAUCACCACCACAAGAAUAUUAUGAUUGCCAUCACCCAAAACCUGUACUGCUACCUACAGGGUAUAUGGACCGUCCUUAUGCGUGGCACCCAACUAUAGUUGACGUACAAAUGUUACGACUUGGUCAACUUAUCAUCAUAGCUGUGCCUGGUGAGUUCACCACUAUGGCUGGCAGGAGAAUCAAGGAAUCUGUGCAGAAAGAAGCUCAAGCACAUGGUGUGGCGAAUGCAAAGGUGAUUCUAGCUGGUUUAUCCAACGUAUAUACUCACUACAUUACCACCCCUGAGGAAUAUACAGCACAAAGAUACGAGGGUGCGUCAACUAUAUAUGGACCUCAUACUUUCCAAGCUUAUCAACAGAAAUAUACAAGUUUAGUUGGUGACCUGGUAACUGGAAACCACGAAUCAGUAGACCCUGGUCUUUCACCAUCUGACACAAUCAAUGAACAAAUUGAGUUACUUCCGCCCCCCAAGCCCGACAGUGUACCUAAUGGUAAAUCUAUUGGUGAUGUCAUAAAUGAUGUCAACGGGACGUUUAGUGCCGGAGAUGAAGUGUCCGUCUCUUUCUAUGGAGCAAACCCACGUCAUAAUAUGAAGUUGGGCUCGUCGUAUCUCGCGGUUCAACAACAGCUCUCUAACGGCUCCCAGUGGCAGGACGUUUUCGUUGACACAGAUUGGGAAACCAGGUUCAUCUGGAGCGAGGCUACAACAAAGGCCUCUGAUGACGUCACAAUCACUAAAGAUAAAAAUGUGAUCACGGCUUUGUUUGAUGUCAUUUCUGCCACGGCUGGAGUUCACUUUGAUUACGAGGAGGCGUUGAUGUUGCAUGAAAGAGGAGAACUCCCUCUCCCCGAGUCAUUGCGUGAUGUCAUCAGUGAUGUAAGGGUUCGUCGCAGGCUUGUAAACAACCUACAGCUCUCUGGCGUCCUCAGGUGGGAGAAAUAUCAACCAAUCAGCAGCUUCGGAUCAGCCGAAAGUCAUGUGACCAUUGUUUGGAAUGUUCCGGUUGAUCAGCCUAGCGGAACUUACAGAAUCUCGUAUUAUGGCGACACACUCACACUCUCUGGUCAGGUGGUGCCAUUCCAAGGUUACUCGAGUUCAUUCAGGGUUCAGUGAACUUUGGUUGCCUUUUUCUCUUUUUCUUAAUUUUUGUUAAUCUCUCAUUAUUAUGCUGUGUACCAAAUUCAAAUAUGUUGUUUCAUUAAUUAAGUGCCUGGGUACACCUAUCUUUACUUAAUAGUUCUGUGGGGAAGAUGGGACAUCUUUAGUACAUAAUUUCAAAAUACCUGGUCGUUAAAAAGGUGUCCCAUCUUCUCUCACCCUACUGUAUAUUUAACAUUUGUUUUUAAUUUUCUGUUUGUGUGCAAUAAAAGUUAAUAUACUUUAAACGUUUUUGCCCCGGUAAGAAUUGAAAGUCCUUUUUCAACUGUAGUUAGACUAUUAGGUCAUGUUAUCACAUAAAUCCCAUAUUUCCUGAUUGUGUUUU